GUCAGGCACAUCCUCGAACUACUCUGUAGCAUGGGCAAAGCUUACCAGUGCCUUCGUAGCUAUAACUGCAAGGAAGCGCUGCAAAUUCUUCAAACGCUACCCUUGCGACAGCAGGCAACGGCAUGGGUGCUGCAUCAGGAAGGACGUGCUUAUUUGGAGCUCAAUGAGUUUGCAUCAGCCGAACGGUGCUUGGAGCAAAUGCAAAUCGUAGACCCGGGCCGAAUGAAAGGAUUGGAACUUCUGAGUACUGUGUAUUGGCAAGUAAAGAAGGAGGUUGAACUAGCCCACUUGGCGCAGCGUGUUACAGAUUGGGAUCGUGAAUCGCCCGAGGCCUGGUGUGUUGUUGGUAACUGUUUUUCAUUGCAGAAAGAUCACGAAACCGCAUUGACGUUCUUCUCUCGUUCCUUGCAACUUAACCCUAACUUCACCUACACCCAUACUCUUUCUGGCUACGAAUACAUGGCGAACGAAGAUUUCGUGAAGGCAAUAGCUUGCUUCCGUCAGGCUUUGCGGACCGACGACAAACACUACAAUGCCUGGUAUGGUCUAGGAGCCAUUUACCAACGCCAAGAAAAGUUUGAUCUGGCUGAGUAUCAUUUUGGAAAGGCUGUCGCGCUUCAUCCAACUAGCAGCGCUCUUCGAUGCAACCUUGGCAUUGCUCAAUUUUCCAAUGGAAAAGCGUAUCAAGCUCUCGAUACCUUGUCAGAAGCCUUUCACCUGGACCCACGAAAUCCCCAGGCCCGCUUUCAAAGAGCUUCCAUCUAUAUGGCGCUGCAUCGCCCGGAAGAAGCGCUUUCAGAAUUAUGCAAGGUACGAGAUGUUGCACCUCGCGAAGCAACUGUACAUUUCUCGCUGGGGAAAGUAUAUAAGAAGUUGGGGCGGACGAAAGAGGCUAUGAAAUGCUUUUUAACAGCUAUGGAUCUUGAUCCUAAAGGGAGCCAAACCAUCAAGUCUGCUUUGGAAAAGUUGGAGGAGCCUGACAUCGACGAGGGCACAGGCGUUGGGUUCUGA